CGUUUACUUAAUAUCUUAGCUUAAGAUAUAACUCCUUAUAUUUAACAAUAAUACCUUUAAACUAAUUAAAUUUUUAAAGCUACAUUUAAUCUCCCUAUAAAGUAAAAGCUAAAACAAAACAUCUUGUAAGCUAAGCAACAAAAACCUCCCUCAUAUAUUUUACUAUAUCAAAAUAGGCCUUAAAUGCUAUAUCAUUAGCUCGCCAGGUUCCAGCUCCGACGAGUUAUCAAUAUCACGUUGGAAUGAGAUCUCAGCUCUGCUAGCCCUGCUUAGCGUGGGGAAAGCAGGUAAUAGGUAAUCAAGUUGUUACCGACCUUGUCGUGAUACUACUGUACUUUGUUCCCCCAACCAAACCUCGCCUUCCUCCCGAACAGCAGCUCCCACGCGCCAGCGCAUUUACUCUCCUUUAAUUCUUCGGCGCGCAAUCGGCCACUCUACUCAUUGUUCAACACAUACCAUUUGUACUAGAGACCUAUAGGCGCAUAGGAUACAGUCUCAACAAUAACAGCGAGCCAACAAGCGAGUGGAUCAGAAAACCGAAACGCAGGGCGGAUACUUGGAAAGAAGAAAGAAUCAAAGAAGAGCUCGUUAUGUCUUCGGGCUCUGGAUCGGGCUCGCGCAGUGCAGCGAAGAGAUUAAUUCGCGAGCUCGCCGUCUGGGAGAAGGAGGCGUCGGCCGAGACGGGUAUUGAGCGCCUCGGCCCCGUGAACGAGGAGGAGCUCCUGCGGUGGGAAGCCGUUAUCAACGGACGGGGGGUUGGGGGCGGAUAUGAUGAAGGCCGCUGGCUCCUCAGCAUCGACAUACCUCCGACGUACCCCCUCGCGCCCCCGCGCAUGACAUUCCGCACGCAGAUCGUGCACGCCAACGUGGCGCUCAAGGAGGGCGAGAUCUGCCUCGACCUACUCAAGGACGCGUGGACACCCGCGUACAGCGUGCUCGAAUGCGUGCGGGCCGUGCGCAUGCUGUUGUCGUGUCCCGGCAUCGAUUCCCCGCUCAAUGUCGACGUCGCCGCCCUCAUACGCGCCGGUGACACGCUCGCGGCGAGGCGGUUGACGGAGUACUGGUGUACACAGGAGAAAGGGCGGUACGACGGGCCGUGAGGUCGAUUACGGUUCAGGCCGCUAUAAAUGUGAUAACGACUCAUUAUUUCACUUGCGUUGCUUGUGGUGCUUUUGGGACAAAAACAACCUCAAGUCACAUUAGGACGCACCAUUGUUUUUCAUUAGAUCUGCGAUUGUGCGCGAAGACUACUCGCCUUGUCUAUGGCAUGGCAAGCUUACCGAUAAAUUGUACAAAAGCUUGGAGUUGUGGCCGGGGACUCGCGAGACCUUGAUGUCCUUAAUCUGCUAUGGUUGUUCUACGGAGUUUUUGGUAUGGUAACGAAAUGUAAUAUGAGCGCUUUCUUAUGGAAUUGUUCAAAUCUAUUCAUGUGAUGCUGUGUUGGAACUAGAUUAGGUAUGUCUUAG